CACGAGGCCCGAAGAAAAGCGUUUGCCGCAGUUUGGUUAUGACAGUGUAGCGUGUAGAGUCUUUCGCUGCUUCUGCACGAACAGCAUUUGCACUUUUUUCGAAAUAACCAACAAUUAUGUCUUUUAACGAACAGAUAAUAUCAGCAGUUUAUAAGAAUCCUACAAUAUGGAAUCCUAGACAUAGAGAUCACAAAAAUAAAACUGUUUUAAGUGCAUUAUGGAAAGAAAUCAGCGAUACCUUGGAGAGUGAUGUUGAAACCGUCAAACGUAAAUGGAAGGGUCUAAAGGACUAUUAUCGGGCUGAAAUGAAAAGAAAUGCUAAGCCGCCUUCCGAUGAAGAAGGUGGAACUUCAAAAACAUCAGUUUGGCCCUAUUUUAAGUUGAUGGCGUUCUUGAAUGAUACUAUGCGAACUAGAGAACGAGGUACAACACUAAAGGAAAUAAAUAUUACAGAUAGUUAUACACAUUUCCUGGUCGACUCCAAGACGAACAGUAACUCUAUGGAUCAAAUAUCUAUUAAGGAGGAAGGAGAUCAAGAUGAGCCAGAUAAUUCAGAAACUGAUCAAUAUGAAGGUGAAAUAUAUGACGAGUCACAAUACAAAGAGCCAAACAGAAGUAAUCCACAAUCUGAAUCGGCAUUUGCUUAUGUAGAAUAUGUCGAUAUACCUUCAACCUCAAAUACGAAAUUAAAUGAGGAAAUUACGGAAAAGAAACGGAAGCUUUCUACUGAUAAUUAUAGGCAGAAAUUGGUUGAGACAGAGAGUAAAAAAACUAAACUACAUGAAAAGGACGGAGAUGAAGAUGAUGAUUUGCUGUUCUUUAAGAGCUUGAUUCCGGAUUUUAAGUUACUACCGCGAACUAGUAAAAUGUCUUUGAGAAUAAAGUACCAGCAAUUACUCUACGAAGAAACGAUAAACUUAUCAAACCGAUCAUCUAUAAUUUGAUUAUGUAUAAGAAAACAUUCAGUAUACUCCACACCGACGGCGACGGCGACGCCGACGGUUUUGUCUACGAUUCCUCCUAGGACUUUAUGGUGUACGACAGAAGCGACCAACAGUUUCGUAAUAACGAUUUCCGAUGGGAUUUUUAUUUGUAUAUAAACACUAUUAUUGAAACACUGUUUUCU